AAAAGAUGAUAAAAAAGCAAUAAAGUAUGGAGAAGAUUGAAAAAGGCGAAUGCUUAGUCUCACUUGCUUCCUGCUAUUUGGCUUCGCUCUGCUCAUUGAUGAACUUUACUGUAUUUCCAUUCAGUGAUGAUUGAAAAGACAACGAUUUCUCCAUUUCUCUCUCCCAGGAAAUUUCCCCAAUUUUCCUAUAACUAGUGUGGCAACUAGGAAGUAUAAACAGUUGGUUUUGCCCGAAAGUGGACCGGAUAUUGCAGAACAUUAUUGGAUCAAUAUCUUACUUGUUUCAUCUUUAUUGAUCCCCUGGAGUGGAGCACAAUCUCAUGUAUUGAUCUCAACAUACUUUGUGUGGUAAUGUGUGUAAUGCGAACAAAAAGCUACCUCUUCUGGUGCUUUUUGUGCGGGAAUAUCUUCAUAGGUUCAUUGUCAGCUGCUGCAUCGCAGCGUAAGAGAGAACCUUUCGAAAGAGGAUUAUUUGACCAUUCUAUACCAUUUGAGAGUAUUGGAUCCAUAAAUAAUAUCACAAGCCACAUCCAAGAAUCAAGUGCUUUUGCUUCAAUAAACUUGGUGUCUUGUCAGGAUCUCGAAGGUGUUGGAUCAUUUGAUACCACCUGCUAUCUGAAUUCAAACCUGUACAUAAAUUCUGAUUUGUAUGUAUCAGGUUCUGGAAACUUGGAGAUACUUUCUCAAGUUUUAAUUGUUUGUCCGAUAGAAGGAUGCACCAUAAGUAUCAAUUUGUCUGGUAAUGUUAAUGUUGGCCAGGAUGCUGCCUUAAUAGCUGGUUCCAUUAUUCUUUCAUCUCUGACUCUGACUAUGGAGUCCAAUUCUUCUAUAAAUACAACAGCAUUGGGUGGAUCACCUCCUUCUCAGACCAGUGGCACACCAGUUGGCUAUGAAGGAGCUGGUGGAGGGCAUGGUGGACGAGGUGCAUCGUGCCUGAAAGCCAAUCAAACGAAUGCUUGGGGUGGUGAUGUUUAUGCUUGGUCAACUUUGUCGAAGCCAUGGUCUUAUGGAAGCAAGGGCAGUGGCACAUCUGUUGAGCAUAAGCUUGGAGGAAGUGGUGGAGGACGUGUUUUGCUUGAGGUUAAAGAUUUAUUGCACACAAAUGGAUCUAUAAGUUCGAAUGGUGGUGAUGGAGGCCCAGAUGGAGGUGGAGGAUCUGGUGGAAGUAUCAUUAUUUUUGCUCAAAAGUUGAAGGGUAAUGGAAUGAUAAGUGCAGCUGGUGGAAGUGGAUGGGGUGGUGGUGGUGGUGGAAGAAUUUCUCUAAAUUGCUACAGCAAGCAAGAAGAUGUAAAAGUUACUGUGCAUGGUGGUCAGAGUAUUGGGUGCCCUUGGAAUGGUGGGGCUUCUGGUACUUACUUUGAUGACUACAUGUUAAGUCUACGGGUGGACAAUAAUAAUAUAACAACAGAAACAGAGACUCCUUUGCUAGAUUUUUCUACUACCCCCUUGUGGACAAAUGUAUAUGUGGAGAACAAUGCAAAAGUUUUGGUUCCUCUGCUUUGGACUAGAGUUCAGGUUAGAGGCCAAAUUAGCCUUCUAUGCGGGAGUAGUAUAGUCUUCGGGUUGUCUGAUUAUCCAGUAUCUGAAUUUGAGCUUGUUGCCGAGGAAUUACUAAUGAGUGGAUCCAUUAUAAAGGUUUAUGGUGCACUUAGAGUUGCUGUCAAGAUGUUACUCAUGCUGCAGUCACAAAUCCAAGUUGAUGGUGGAGAAAAGUCUGUUAUCACUACCUCAGUCCUUGAAGUGAGGAAUCUUGUUGUUCUAAAGGGAAGCUCUGUUAUCAGUUCAAAUGCAAAUUUGGCUUUAUAUGGUCAAGGGUACCUGGAAUUGACUGGUCAGGGUGAUGCAAUCAAAAGCCAACGACUUUCCUUGUCACUAUUCUAUAAUAUAACCGUUGGCCCAGAGUCUUUACUUCAAGCUCCACUGGAUGAUUAUAACAGUAAAAGCAAGGUCACUGAAUCUCUCUGUGAUAAGUCAACCUGCCCUGUGGAUUUGAUAGCUCCACCAGAAGAUUGCCAUGCUAACUAUACACUUUCGUUUUCUUUGCAAAUUUGUCGUGUUGAGGACAUUCUUAUAAAUGGCAUUGUCAAGGGUAGCAUCAUUCACAUUCACAGAGCAAGAAGUGUCAUUGUGGAUACUGGUGGCAUAAUAACUGCCUCAGCACUAGGCUGCAGCAAUGGCAUUGGUAACUACUCAAAUGGAGCAGGUGCUGGUGCUGGUCAUGGAGGAAGAGGUGGUUCUGGAUUCUGCAGUGGGAAUAUGAGUGAAGGUGGGCAGAAAUAUGGCAGUGCUGAUUUCCCCUGUGAAUUGGGCAGUGGAACUAAGAGUCCUGUCCAAUCCUAUGAACCAGUUGCUGGUGGGGGUAUAAUUGUUUUAGGUUCCAGUCCGUGGCCACUUUUAGCUCUAGAUGUUUUUGGAUCUGUGGAAGCUGAUGGCCAAAGCUGUAAUAAAGCGACGAGAAACAUAAAUGACUCUCUUAUUUGUGGACUUGGUGGAGGUUCUGGUGGUACUAUUCUCCUUUUUCUUCAUGCACUGGCGCUAAUGGGUAAUUCAUCUUUAUCUGUUGUUGGAGGCUCUGGUGGCCUCAUCGGCGGAGGUGGUGGGGGCGGUGGCAGAGUUCAUUUUCACUGGUCCAAGAUAAAUGAGGGCAUUGAUUAUGAGCCUCUUGCUACUUUAAAUGGAACCAUUGACAUUAGUGGAGGAUUGGGUGAUAAUGAAGGCCUUGACGGGGAAGAAGGUACAGUGACAGGGAAGAAGUGUCCUAAAGGCCUAUUUGGCACUUUCUGUGUGGAAUGCCCAGUUGGAACAUACAAAACUGAUGAAGGUUCUGAUCCUUUACUAUGUACUGCCUGUCCUCUUGAGUUUCUUCCCAGUCGUGCUGAUUUUAUUUACAUACGAGGAGGAGUUACCCAAUCACCUUGUCCAUACAAAUGUAUAUCGGACAAGUAUAGGAUGCCAAACUGCUAUACACCCUUGGAGGAGUUGAUAUAUACGUUUGGAGGACCCUGGCCUUUCUCAUUACUGCUAUCUUGCAUUGUGAUUAUCCUAUCAAUAUUGCUAAGCACAUUGAGAAAAAAGUUGAUAGGGCCUGGCUUUUCUCAUCAGACUUCAAAUUCAAUUAAUCAUCAUGGGAAUCACCAUUUCCCAUACCUCCUUUCUCUAUCAGAGGUCCGCGGUACGAAAAGUGAAGAAACUCAAAGUCAUGUUUAUAGGAUGUACUUUAUGGGUCCCAACACAUUUAGGGAACCCUGGCAUCUUCCUUACUCGCCGCCUGAUGCAAUUAUUGAGAUUGUGUAUGAAGAUGCAUUUAACAGAUUCAUUGAUGAGUUCAACUCUGUUGCUGCUUAUGAUUGGUGGGAAGGGUCUGUGCACAGCAUACUUGCUGUGCUUGCAUACCCUUGUGCAUGGUCCUGGAAGCAAUGGCGGCGUAGGAAAAAAAUUCAUCGCCUUCAGGAGUAUGUCAAGUCUGAGUAUGAUCAUUCCUGUUUACGUUCUUGCCGCUCACGUGCCUUAUAUAAAGGAAUGAAGGUUGGAGCUACUCCUGACUUGAUGGUUGCUUACAUUGAUUUCUUUCUUGGUGGAGAUGAGAAGCGUUUAGAUAUUGUAGCCAGUAUACAUAAAAGAUUCCCCAUGUGCAUUAUUUUUGGUGGGAAUGGAAGUUACAUGUCACCAUAUAAUCUUUACAGUGACACAUUAUUAACAAAUCUACUUGGCCAGCAUGUUCCUACAACCGUUUGGAACCGCUUGGUGGCAGGUCUAAAUGCCCAGUUAAGGACAGUGAGGCACAGAUCCAUUCAAUCUUCUCUGAUCCCUGUCAUUACUUGGAUUAGAAGUCAUGCAAACCCUCAGCUAUAUUUUCACGGUGUUAAAAUUGAGCUUGGGUGGUUCCAAGCAACUGCUGCUGGGUACUAUCAAUUGGGAAUUUUGGUAGUGGUUGGUGAUUUUUCCCUUCAUGAUGGUCUCCAGCAACCUGAAAUGUCAGAAAGCAGUGAUGAUUGGUCCAGGAGAAUUAACACAUUUGUUCGGAGAAGUUUUGUGCAACAAGAAAAUCAGACAUGUUGCAGUCCAACGGUGUCUGUUAAAAGGACCACUGGAGGAAUUAAUGGUGGUAUCAUAACUGAAGCUACAAUGAAGUCCUUGGUUGUCGGGAGAGAUUAUUUUUUACCUUUUUCCCUGCUGCUGCACAAUACACGCCCAGUUGGUCGUCAGGACACUGUGCAGUUGCUCAUUACGAUGAUGCUCUUGGUGGACCUAUUUAUCACCAUCCUAACCUUGCUUCUAUUCUAUUGGAUAUCUCUUGGAGCUUUUCUGGCCGUUCUGCUUAUCCUCCCGUUGUCAUUGCUUUCUCCUCUUCCCGCUGGCGUGAAUGCCUUGUUCAGCAAAGGUCCACGGAGAGCUUCACUUGCCAGAGUUUAUGCAUUAUGGAAUGCUGCCUCCCUGUCAAAUGUUGCUGUGGCUUUUGUCUGUAGUCUUAUUUAUUAUGGGUUUUCUGCUUUGAACCCCCCUAACACGGCAGAUAGGUGGAGUGCUAGACGGGAAGAUGACAAGCCAUGGAUCUUACCUAUUCUUCUGCUGGUAACCAAAUUAGUUCAAGCUCGGUUUGUGAACUGGCACAUAGCAAACCUAGAGGUCCAAGAUUAUUCGGUUUUCAGUCCGAAUCCCGAUACUUUUUGGGCGUACGAAGCUGUUUCUUGACAUUGUUUGACCAGAGGAAAAUCACAGUUUGAUAAGCCAACAACAGACACAGCUCCAUUGCCCAUCCAUGUACAUGUGUUUAAAAUUUGUACAAAGGUUUGGAUAUUUUAUCUGUAGUACUACUUAUUUGUAGUGUGCAGGUUUUUCCCACUUAUUUUGGGGUAUGACUGUAUGAGUAGAAGAAGAGAAGAGAGGGUACCAGUGAUAUUUUUAUUCUUCGUUGAGUAGAAUCAGUAGAUAUGCUGUAUAGAUUUUUUGUGGAAUAAUAUAUUGAUGUCAUA